UACAAAACAAACAAACAAAACUCAUUGGAACUGUCUGCAUUCACCUUCAGGAGAAAGUACGCCUUGGUAGCUGUGCUUCAGUCGUGCGCCAAGCAUUUGAUUGGCAGAUAUCACAGCAAUUCAGGUCCAUCAGGCGGCAGCCGCACAGAACAACCAUGGCCGACGAGAAACCCAAGGAGGGCGUAAAAACGGAAAACAACGAGCACAUUAACCUUAAGGUGGCUGGACAAGACGGGUCCGUGGUGCAGUUCAAAAUAAAGCGGCAUACACCUCUUAGCAAACUCAUGAAGGCGUACUGUGAGCGACAGGGUUUGACCAUGAGGCAAAUCAGGUUCCGGUUUGACGGACAGCCCAUCAAUGAGACGGACACACCUGCACAGUUGGAGAUGGAGGAUGAAGAUACAAUUGACGUAUUUCAGCAGCAAACAGGAGGAGGACUGAAGUGAAAAGUCAAGAGUUGUCCACGUUCUCCCUCUCCCACCUCUACCCAGCAAUGUGGCCCAUCUCUCCUUUCUUCUCUCCUUCCUUGCCUGCUCCCUUCCUCCUUUCUGCUUCUCUCUCUCUCUCUCUCUCUCUCUCUCUCUCUCUCUCUCUCUCUCUCUCUCUCUCUCUCUCUCUCUCUCUCUCUCUCUCUCUCUCUCCUCCUCUCUGUUCUUAUGUUCCUACAAUGCCAAAACCAUACGGACUGACAUUCUCACGGUUCCAAACACACACAGGAAUACGGUUGUACAGUGUCUUCAUUUUUUUCUUCCUUUGUCUUUAUUUUUAUACAUUGGAAAUAUCACAUUUUCUUAAGAUUUGACCAUGAAGCAGAACAACAACAAAAGAAAAAGCGUUUAACAGAACAAUAAAGUCCCAAGGCACAACUGUUUGGCUUGCAUGACAGUCUGUGGGCAAAUGUAAAAACCAAGUAAUUUUUGUUUUUCAACAGUGGGUAAUAAUGGCGUCGAGUUAUUGAAAAAAGGACUGUUUUAAGUUUUCUCACAAAAACGGGGUUUUUAUAUCUUUUUAUAUAUUGUAGCUGUAAUGUCUUGUAUGUCACUUGUAUUAGGCUAAUUUGGUCACAUUUUACUGUGUUGUGCAAUGUGUUGUCAAUUGAGUUUCUUGUUAGAAUAAAGUAAUUUUGUAAAUCUGA